AUUAUUCAGUAUAUGGCCUUGGGCUAGUUCCUUCCGGAGCCUCAGUUUUCAAAUCUGUUAAGCAGCCGUAGCCACCCUGCGUGCCCUACUGCGUGAGCGGCAUGCGGCCCCCCCGACCCUGUCCGGCGAACUCCGGCCUGCUGUCCGGCACCCCCGGGAGGCCCUGACACCCUGGGGCGCUUCUGCUGUGUGCAGGACUACGUGGGGGUUUGCCAUGGUGACAUAACGGGGCGCAGAGGAAGGAAGGAGCAAGACCAGCCUGCAGACUGCGCCCCUGGCUGGGGGAAAGGGCCGGGGGCUCCCGCCCUCCCCGCCGCCGCCCGCUGAGGGCCGCUCUUCCCGCGCGCAUCGCUGCGAAUCUUGCCUCUCCGGUGCGGGGCCUGGGGCGACCGGGCAGGCUGGGCCUCCCGCGGCCGAGGCCUCGGGGACCAGGAUGCCGGCCGUGGCGUGCCUCCGGAGGCUGUGUCGACACCUGUCCCCGCAGGCCGUCUUCUUCCUGCUGUUCAUCUUCUGCCUGUUCAGCGUCUUCGUCUCCGCCUACUACCUGUAUGGCUGGAAGCGGGGCCUCGAGCCCUCGGCGGACGCCCCGGAGUCUGACUGUGGGGACCCCCCGGCCGUGGCCCCCAGCCGCCUGCUGCCGCUCAGGCCCGUCCAGGCCGUCACCCCGUCCCGCACGGACCCCCUGGUGCUGGUGUUCGUGGAGAGCCUCUACUCCCAGCUGGGCCAGGAGGUGGUGGCCAUCCUGGAGUCCAGCCGCUUCAGGUACCGCACGGAGAUGGCGCCCGGCAAGGGGGACAUGCCCACGCUCACCGACAAGGGCCGCGGCCGCUUCGCGCUCAUCGUCUAGAACAUUCUCAAGUACGUCAACCUGGACGUGAACCGGGAGCUGCUGGACAAGUACUGCGUGGCCUACGGCGUGGGCAUCGUCGGCUUCUUCAAGGCCAACGAGAACAGCCUGCUGAGCGCCCAGCUCAAAGGCUUCCCCCUCUUCCUGCACUCGAACCUGGGCCUGAAGGACUGCAGCAUCAACCCCAAGUCCCCGCUGCUGUACGUGACGCGGCCCAGCGAGGUGGAGAAGGGCGUGCUGCCCGGCGAGGACUGGACCGUCUUCCAGUCCAACCACUCCACGUACGAGCCGGUGCUGCUGGCCAAGACGCGCUCCUCCGAGUCCAUCCCGCACCUGGGCGCCGACGCCGCGCCCCACGCCGCGCUGCACGCCACCGUGGUCCAGGACCUGGGCCUGCACGACGGCAUCCAGCGCGUGCUCUUCGGCAACAACCUCAACUUCUGGCUGCACAAGCUCGUCUUCGUGGACGCCGUGGCCUUCCUCACCGGCAAGCGCCUGUCGCUGCCGCUGGACCGCUACGUCCUGGUGGACAUCGACGACAUCUUUGUGGGCAAGGAGGGCACGCGCAUGAAGGUGGAGGACGUGAAGGCCCUGUUUGACACGCAGAACGAACUGCGCACACACAUCCCAAACUUCACCUUCAACCUGGGCUACUCAGGGAAAUUCUUCCACACAGGUACCGACGCGGAGGACGCGGGCGACGACCUGCUGCUGUCCUACGUGAAGGAGUUCUGGUGGUUCCCACACAUGUGGAGCCACAUGCAGCCCCACCUUUUCCACAACCAGUCGGUGCUGGCGGAGCAGAUGGCCCUGAACAAGAAGUUCGCUGUCGAGCACGGCAUCCCCACGGACAUGGGGUACGCGGUGGCGCCGCACCACUCGGGCGUGUACCCCGUGCACGUGCAGCUGUACGAGGCCUGGAAGCAGGUGUGGGGCAUCCGCGUGACCAGCACGGAGGAGUACCCGCACCUGAAGCCGGCCCGCUACCGCCGCGGCUUCAUCCACAACGGCAUCAUGGUCCUCCCUCGGCAGACCUGCGGCCUCUUCACACACACCAUCUUCUACAACGAGUACCCCGGCGGCUCCAGCGAGCUGGACAAGAUCAUCAACGGGGGCGAGCUCUUUCUCACCGUGCUCCUCAACCCCAUCAGCAUCUUCAUGACACACCUGUCCAACUACGGGAAUGACCGCCUGGGCCUGUACACCUUCAAGCACCUGGUGCUCCUGAACUCCUGGACCAACCUGCGGCUGCAGACUCUGCCCCCAGUGCAGCUGGCUCAGAAGUACUUCCAGAUCUUCUCUGAGGAGAAGGACCCGCUCUGGCAGGACCCCUGUGAGGACAAACGCCACAAAGACAUCUGGUCCAAGGAGAAGACAUGUGACCGCUUCCCCAAGCUCCUCAUCAUCGGCCCCCAGAAAACAGGCAGGUCUCCCCCACUCCUGCUCUCUCAGGCCACAGAACCCCGGGCCUCAUCUGGAGAAGGGUGGAGGUGCGGCUCCCAGGGACAGCAGGGGCCGGCGGAGGCCCAGGCACGGCCCAGGGAAGCGCAGGACGCGGGGCCCCGCACACCACCGGGCCUCCUGCCUCUCAGCAAACCCCGUCGAUGGUCACACCGUGUGCCCGGGGCCUCCGUCCCCAGUGGGCUGGACUCCGAUGCGCACACCGUGUGCCCGGGGCCCUCCAUCCCCAGUGGGCUGGACUCCGAUGGUCACACCGUGUGCCCGGGGCCUCCGUCCCCCAGUGGGCUGGACUCCGAUGGUCACACCGUGUGCCCGGGGCCUCCGUCCCCAGUGGGGCUGGACUCAGGUGCUCACACCGUGUGCCCGGGGCCUCCGUCCCCAGUGGGCUGGACUCCGAUGGUCACACCGUGUGCCCGGGGCCCUCCGUCCCCAGUGGGCUGGACUCCCGAUGCGCACACCGUGUGCCCGGGGCCUCCGUCCCCGGUGGGCUGGACUCCGAUGGUCACACCGUGUGCCCGGAGUGGGGUCUCCUCCGUCCCCAGUGGGCUGGGACUCAGGUGCUCACACCGUGUGCCCGGGGGCCUCCGUCCCCAGUGGGCUGGGACUUCCGAUGGUCACACCGUGUGCCCGGGGCCUCCGUCCCCAGUGGGCUGGACUCAGGUGCUCACCACCGUGUGCCCGGGGCCUCCGUCCCCAGUGGGCUGGACUCCGAUGGUCCACACCGUGUGCCCGGGGCCUCCGUCCCCAGUGGGCUGGACUCCGAUGCGCACACCGUGUGCCCGGGGCCUCCGUCCCCGGUGGGCUGGACUCCGAUGGUCACACCGUGUGCCCGGGGCCUCCGUCCCCAGUGGGCUGGACUCCGAGGUGCUCACACCGUGUGCCCGGGGCCUCCGUCCCCAGUGGGCUGGACUCCGAUGGUCACACCGUGUGCCCGGGGCCUCCGUCCCCAGUGGGCUGGACUCCGAUGGUCACACCGUGUGCCCGGGGCCUCCGUCCCCAGUGGGCUGGACUCCGAUGGUCCACACCGUGUGCCCGGGGCCUCCGUCCCCAGUGGGCUGGACUCCGAUGGUCACACCGUGUGCCCGGGGCCUCCGUCCCCAGUGGGCUGGACUCCGAUGGUCACACCGUGUGCCCGGGGCCUCCGUCCCCAGUGGGCUGGACUCCGAUGCGCACACCGUGUGCCCGGGGCCUCCGUCCCCGUGGGCUGGACUCCGAUGGCUCCAACACACCGUGUGCCCGGGGCCUCCGUCCCCUGGGGAGCCCGCUUGUCGCCCUGUGUGCCCAGGGCGCGGCCCAGACUCCAGGUGUCCCCAUCCCGGUGGGCCCGUUGAGGAGCGCGUGGUCUGCGCCCCUGCAGUAACCCCACCCCGGCAACUUGACGUAAGUCCCGGACACAGCUCGCUUCUCAACCUGUGUCUCCCGAAGAAAGCAUGGCGGUGUCCGCAUCUGAAGAGGUCCGGGAGUGAAAUCAGGGCUCGUAAGCGUGGCGCGCCGGUGAGUGGCUUGUUCGUGGUUAACUGGGGAGAAGAAUCUCGCUGGACUUUCCUGCCCCAGCUGGCUUCAACCCCCAGCCCUCGGGUCUCAGGCUUCGGAGGAGCUGGGAUUUCAGAUGUGGCCACCUCGCCUGCCUAA